GAGUGAGGGAAGGAGGGAGGAGGGCAGAGCCGGAGAGAGUCACUGAUCGAUCAGCCCAGCCUAGUCCCAAGAGAGUCUGAAGCUUCAGAGGAGAAACAACGUGACCGGAAUGGAGUGGGGUCUUCUGCUGUGGAUGCUUCUCACCUUAGUGGGAAAGACAUCAGCGGCGCCUGAGCAGUACAGCAGAGCAGUGGAUUGGUUGAGCAGGUAUGGCUACCUUCCUCCCCCUGACCCCCGCACAAGUAAACUGCAGACCAAAGAGGGGAUUGAGAAAGCCAUCCGUGUCAUGCAGAGAUUCGGCGGGGUCCCGGAAACUGGGGAACUCGACAGCGAAACCCUCAAGCUCAUGGCUACGCCGCGAUGCUCCCUCCCUGAUAUUGUUGGGAGUGAGGACAUGCUGAAGAGGAGGAGGAGGAGGAGGAAGAGAUACGCCCUGUCAGGCCUUAAGUGGCAUAAGACAGACCUCACAUGGAGUGUCCACAGCUACCCAUCGCCCUCCACCUCACCCGGCAUGUCGAACGAUCUGGUGGACAACAUCCUGACUCACGCCUUCAAAGCCUGGAGUGACGCGGCCCCCUUGACUUUCCGUCGGCAAAGGAUUGACAGCAGGGGGGCGGAAGCUGGAGGGGACAUCAGAGUGACUUUUGCCCGCUUGCUUCAUGACGAUGGGUACCCUUUUGACGGGCAGGGUGGCACCCUGGCCCACGCCUUCUUCCCCGGCAGGGAAGAAGUGGCGGGUGACACACACUUUGAUGAUCACGAGAUCUGGAGCUACGGAGGUCACAGCAGCAGCACAGACUUGUUCACAGUCGCAGUGCACGAGUUUGGCCACGCGCUGGGUCUGUCCCAUUCCUCCACUGAUCCGUCCAUCAUGAGACCGUAUUACCAGGGUCCUGUGGGAGACAUUGCCAACUAUCAGCUGGAUCUGGACGACAAGCUGGCCAUCCAGCAGCUUUAUGGUGUGAAGGACGGCGGACCACCAGGAGGUGUUGAUCCUGACGUCCCACGCCUGCCCAGCCCACCUCCACCUAGACCAACACAGCCCUCUGACCCCUCAUCCCACGAGCGCUGCAAAGGGGGCUUUGACGCAGUGGCAAACAUCAGGGGAGAGGUCUUCUUUUUCAAAGGUGCACACUUCUGGAGAACUAAGAGAGACGGGGAGUUGAUUUCACUCAAUCCGGCUCAGAUUAAAAACUUCUGGAUCGGCCUCCCACCAGGAACAAACAAGAUCGACGCCGUGUACGAGAGGAAGAGCGACAGCAGCAUCAUCUUCUUUAUUGGACCUCAGUACUGGGUCUUCAAGGACACGGUGGCCAUGAGCGGCUACCCUCGGCCCCUCUCUGAAUGGGGCAUGAGGACAAAGAGCGGGGCGCUGGUGGACAGGGUGGACGCAGCCUUCGUCUGGGCCCACAACGGCAAGACCUACCUGUUCAGCGGCGGGGAGUUUUGGAGGUUUGACGAAAGCCGUAAGGGUGAACAGGUGAUCAGACAGCCGGAUCAGGGCUACCCGCGAGACAACAGCCUCUGGGGAGGAGUGCCCUCCGACAUGGAUGACAUCAUCAGCUGGGGAGAAGGAGAUGCCUACUUCUUCAAGGACAACCAUUACUGGGUGCUGAAGAACGGAGGCCUGAACCAAGAAGUCGUCACUCCGAAAUCCAUCGCCGUAGACUGGCUCAGAUGUCCAGCUCCGCCUGCAACCUCCGCUCCUCAACACCCAGGGAGGUGCAACUGUGACUUGAAGGGAUCAGCUUCGUUUGUAAGGAGCAACUGGCUCCUCCUGAUCUCUGUUUUAUUGGUCAUUCAGGAAUUUAUUAGAAAAUAGACACCUGAGUAUCCAGCAGUGGCUGCAGGCUGCUUUUUACCACUUCCCUUAUUCUAAUGGAGGGUUAAAGAGGCUCCUCAAAUCACCACACACUCACAGUACAUUACAACCCACAAGCUGGUUUCAAAUUACAUACUACUGUCAUAAAAAUGUUAAUAUCUGCCUUUUACUUUAGCAUAAGGCCCAUGUUACUGUAAAUACCUUGCCUUAUCAGAGCAUAUUGCUGACCUGUGAAAACAGUUUAUUUUGUGUCUGUCAUCCUGCCAUAUAAUUUCAACCCCUUCCUGUUUAGAGAGUAAUGGAUCAUGUGGAGCCUGUAUUAGAGAAUGCCUGGAAAUCUGACACUGAAAUGCAGCACACGGGCUACUCCCUCAUAAUGAGGUCUUACGCAACCACCUUUUGUUUGGACAGUAAACAGUCAACUCAA